AUGACGAGCGUGUGCUGCUUCAGUGACAUUGAUGUGAACAUGAGCUCUCUACAGCUCUUCCAUUGGCUCCAAACUGUGAGAAACUCCAACAAGCUCAAGCCUCACACAUUCAUAUGGAGAUUUGGGAGUAUAAAUAGAGGAGCUGCAGCCAGUGCAAAUCAGACUCACUCUGAACAGAGAGAUCUACAGCACAGAGAUCCAGACAUGACACCUACAAUCAUCUCAAAGGAGCAGCUCCCUCUCAACAACAAGCUGAGAAAGCCAAGGGUGGAGAAGAUGCGCAGAGAUCGUAUCAACAGCAGCAUCGAGCAGCUCAAGUGUCUUCUGGCUCCAGAGUUCCUCAAGCAGCAGCCUGAUACCAAGCUGGAGAAAGCAGAUAUCCUGGAGAUGACACUCAACUUCUUCAGGAUCAACAGGAGGGAAAGUGUCCUGCCAGACCAGAACACCUUCGGCAAAGAGAUGAAUGUCAAUAUGAGCACCAUCUGGAGGCCUUGGCUCUUCCAUUGGCUCCAAAUUGUGAGAAAUUCCAACAAGCUCAAGCCUCACACAUUCAUAUGGAGAUUUGGGAGUAUAAAUAGAGGAGCUGCAGUCAGUGCAAAUCAGACUCACUCUGAACAGAGAGAUCUACAGCACAGCGAUCCAGACAUGACACCUACAAUCAUCUCAAAGGAGCAGCUCCCUCUCAACAACAAGCUGAGAAAGCCAAGGGUGGAGAAGAUGCGCAGAGAUCGUAUCAACAGCAGCAUCGAGCAGCUCAAGUGUCUUCUGGCUCCAGAGUUCCUCAAGCAGCAGCCUGAUACCAACUCAACGUCCUGCAACACCAGUUCACAUGCUGUCAAUCAAGGCUUCUCCAGGUGUGUCCGUGAGAUUGUGCACUUCCUGUCCAAAGAUGAGAUGAAGACAGAGAGCCAGAGAAGACUGCUGAAGCACUUCCAGAAGCUGCAGACUUCAUGUGAGCAGAACAGGAGGGAAAGUGUCCUGCCAGACCAGAACACCUUCAGCAAAGAGAUGAAUGUCAACAAGAGCUCCAUCUGGAGGCCUUGGUGGAGCCUUACAGCAACCAGCAGCACAUGCUGA